AUGAAGCCUACAUGAAACUAGCCUUAGAGACCGUGGAGGAGCUGGACUGGUGUCUGGAUCAGCUCGAGACCAUCCAAACACACCGCUCCGUAUCUGAUAUGGCAUCGCUUAAGUUCAAACGGAUGCUGAACAAGGAGCUGAGCCACUUCUCAGAGUCCAGCAAGUCCGGUAACCAGAUCUCGGAGUACAUCUGCUCCACCUUCUUAGAUAAACAACAAGAGUUAGACAUACCAUCAUUACAAGUAGAGGAGAACACUGAACGCACCAAGAAAAAGGAAAAGCCUCGUCAUGGCGGUCCCGGUGGAACAAUGUCACAGAUAUCUGGUGUUAAGAGAACAUUAACACAUACGAACAGCUUCACCGGCGAACGUGUACCAAGAUACGGCGUUGAAACUCCUCACGAAGAAGAACUCGGUAGUCUGCUCGGCGAGCUGGACCGCUGGGGCGUCGAUAUAUUCCGCAUCGGAGAUUUGACAUGUGGCCGCCCACUGACAGCCGUGGCAUACGCCGCGUUCACAUCUCGCGAGUUAUUGGCAACACUGCAGAUACCAGCACGAACUUUCAUAGCGUUCAUAAUCACACUAGAAGAGCACUACGUUCGGGACAAUCCUUUUCAUAACUCACUCCACGCUGCUGACGUCACGCAAUCCACGAAUGUACUUCUCAACACGCCGGCGCUCGACGCCGUGUUCACGCCUAUAGAAGUCUGCGCCGCUCUGUUCGCCGCGUGUGUCCACGACGUUGAUCACCCCGGACUCACUAAUCAAUUCCUUGUGAACUCCAGUUCGGAACUCGCGCUCAUGUACAACGAUGAGUCGGUGCUUGAGAACCACCACCUUGCCGUUGCGUUCAAGUUACUACAGAACGACGGCUGCGAUAUCUUCAUCAACCUUCACAAGAAGCAAAGACAGACGUUGCGAAAGAUGGUCAUCGAUAUGGUGCUUUCGACGGACAUGUCCAAGCACAUGAGUCUCCUCGCCGAUCUCAAAACCAUGGUUGAAACAAAGAAAGUAGCUGGGAGCGGUGUACUGCUUCUUGAUAAUUACACGGAUAGGAUACAAGUGUUGGAGAAUCUCGUACAUUGCGCCGAUCUGAGUAACCCCACUAAGCCGUUGCCACUGUACAAGCGUUGGGUGGCAUUACUUAUGGAGGAAUUCUUCCAGCAAGGUGAUCGCGAAAGAGAGCAAGGGAUGGAUAUAAGUCCAAUGUGUGACAGGCACAAUGCUACUAUAGAGAAAUCUCAGGUCGGCUUUAUUGACUAUAUCGUGCACCCUCUGUGGGAAACUUGGGCAGAUCUCGUUCAUCCUGACGCUCAGGACAUUCUGGACACGUUGGAAGAAAACCGCGAUUAUUACCAGAGUAUGAUUCCGCCAUCGCCACCGCCCGCGCCGGUACAAACCACGCAUUCAGGAGCCGACGACGACCGUCCCGAACAAAUACGCUUCCAGGUAACACUAGAGGAAGGGGAAGGCUCGGAAGAAUGCGAGGGGGAGGGCGACGGUGGGAUGUGA